AAAUACGGAAAAACAGAAAAGUUAUGCCAUWGCUUCAGCUAAAAGCAGAUUUAUGUGCGUAAAAAAAACCUAAUUUUCAUGAACCUCAGUCAGUUUGACUAAUGGAGGUCACUCCUAAAUUAAAAUCUGCGUAUUGUCCACCUUGUUAUGCAGCCGAGUCGAGCCCGUCUGAGUUUAAAGAGGAAAAGCAGCGUCUGCAGCUGAGCGCCUCGCUGAGAGAGAGGCUGAAGAGGAGCAGGCGCUCCUUCAUCUCUCCUGUGGCCAAACGCCUCUGCGUGGAUAAUGAAGAGGAGGAGGAGGAAGGUGGCCAGCAGGUCUCUGCGGCCACGGCUAAGCCCGAACCUGUUCCCGAACCAGCACACGUCACCUCGGAAGACUUUGCAGAACAACUCAGGAAGGAGAUCAAAGCAAAAACAGAGACUCUGCGCAGACUCAAGAUGGUUCAAAUGUAUAGAAGCAAGAAUGAUUUAAACCAGCUCCAAAUAUUGAUCAACAAGUGGCGUAGUUGUGCUCAGGCUGCCCUGUACGAGCUCCAGUCAGGCGUCUCCAUCGAUGGACGAAAGGCCAACCUGUCCGAGCUGAUGGACCUCUUCGGCCUGGGCGACAGCAUUCUGCACUUCGACCGCUGCGAGGACGACUUCACACCRCACCGUUAGGCAACACGACACUUCACCAAACCACUAGAGACGUUCUCACGGGUGCAAUGUUUCARGAAAGUUUUAUUAGUUGUUUGUUCUCAGCUGAUGUACUGUAAUGUUUCAUGUUAYGUCAGUCGUGGUUCAGCUCAUCGAGGGAGACGAAGUUCUUCCUUCUCAAACGCUCCACUUCUUCGCCAAGGAGAAACAGCUCCUCCGCCUGAGAAAUGGCGGUCUCCUUCCACUUCCUCCUCACAAGGAUCUCCUGGUAGCGCUCUUCUCUUUCAGCCGCCACGUUUUCCUCAGUGGCUAAAACGACAAAAGAGACGAGCUGUCGGUAAAAGCAGGAAAAAGAACGCACUGCUUGUAGCCGAAGUGGCUUUUUUUUUAUUACCUGCCAAACCACAGGUGUCCGUCAGCUCUGCAACAGUCGCCUGUAGGUCAGGGAGCUGCCGCUCUAAAGUCUCGGUGCUUUUUGUUUUCUCUGCCGCCUGUUGUUUAAUCUGUCUGAUCCGUUUCUGGCAUUGCUGCACCUUUUUUUGAUGAAUCUGAAAUAGUAGAUUGUUGUAUUGAUGCAUAUUAAAAAGUAAGAAAAAAAAUGUAGAGCUCAUUGAUGCAAAUUAAGUUGUUACGUUUUUCAUCCGAGCUAUGCUUUCUUCCAUGCUGGAGAUUUGCUUG